UUCUGGUUUUCUUUUAGCUUCUUGGGAGGACUACAGGAUUUCAAGUUGCUUCAACCCACCGGCCUUGCACUAAAGGACUUUGGAUGUGGAGUGCUCCCUUAAAGAGAACUGCUCUUGAUGGAACGGAAUAUAGUCUCUUACUCUUGGAUAGUGAAGGCAUUGAUGCAUACGAUCAAACGGGAACGUACAGCACACAGAUAUUCUCCUUGGCUGUCCUCUUAUCCAGCAUGUUCAUUUACAACCAGAUGGGUGGAAUUGAUGAAUCUGCACUUGAUCGUCUCUCUCUUGUCACUGAAAUGACUAAACAUAUUCGUGUUAGAGCUUCUGGAGGAAGGACCACAGUAUCUGAGCUUGGGCAGUUCUCACCGAUAUUUGUUUGGCUUCUCAGGGACUUUUAUUUAGAUUUAGUAGAGGAUAAUAGGAGAAUAACACCACGUGAUUACCUAGAGCUUGCCUUAAGGCCAAUGCAAGGAAGUGGAAAAGACAUAGCUUCCAAAAAUGAGAUCCGAGAGUCAAUUCGUGCUCUUUUCCCAGACAGGGAAUGCUGCGCUCUUGUUCGGCCUCUUAACAAUGAAAAUGAUCUCCAACGACUUGACCAAAUGCCUUUGGACAAAUUACGCCCAGAAUUUAGAUCUGGUCUGGAUGCAUUAACUAAGUUUGUUUUCGAGAGAACCAAGCCUAAGCAAGUGGGAGCUACAGUAAUGACAGGACCAGUUCUUGCUGGUAUAACUCAAUCUUUUUUGGAUGCUAUUAAUAACGGUGCGGUGCCCACAAUAUCAUCCUCAUGGCAGAGUGUUGAAGAAGCAGAAUGUCGUAGAGCAUUUGAUUCAGCUACUGAGGUCUAUAUGUCUACUUUUGACCGUUCAAGGCCUCCCGAGGAAGUUGCUCUAAGAGAAGCACAUGAAGAAGCAGUUCAAAAAGCACUUGCUGCAUUUAAUGCUAGUGCUGUAGGGGUUGGUUCUGUUAGACAGAAAUAUGAGAAGCUUCUCCAGAACUUCUUCAGAAAGGCUUUCGAGGACUACAAAAGGAGUUCAUUUAUUGAGGCCGACUUAAAAUGUUCAGAAACAAUACAGAACAUGGAAAAGAAAUUGCGAGCUUCUUGUCAUAUUCCUGAUGCGAAAAUUGAUCAAGUGAUCAAGGUUCUUUGUGAUCUGUUAUCUGAAUAUGGAAAGGUAUCUCAUGGCCCAGGAAAGUGGCAGAAGCUGGCAACCUUCUUACAGCAGAGUUUAGAAGGUCCACUACUUGACCUUGUGAAAAAGCAAUUAAAUCAAAUUGGAUCGGAGAAGAGUGGUCUUGCGUUGAAAUGUCGCUCAAUUGAAGACAAGUUGGGAUUGCUUAACAAGCAACUGGAAGCAAGUGAGAAGCACAAAGCUGAAUAUCUGAGGCGUUAUGAGGAUGCCAUCAAUGAUAAGACAAAGCUUGCGGAUGAAUAUAUGAGUCGUAUUACAAAUUUGCAGAGCAAAUGUAGCUCACUGGAGGAGAGGUCUUUGAGUUUAUCAAAGACACUGGAUUCUGCCGGGCAGGAAUCCUUGGAAUGGAAAAGAAAAUACGAGCAGAUAUUUGCAAAACAGAAAGCUGAGGAAGAUCAAGCCAAUUCAGAAAGAGCUGUUCUUAAGUCCAGGACUAGUGCUGCGGAAGCGAGAUUUGCUGCUGCUCGUGAACAUGCUCAGUCUGCUCAGGAGGAGGCAGGGGAGUGGAAGCGAAAGUAUGACAUUGCUGUUAGAGAAACCAAGGCUGCUCUGGAGAAAGCAGCAGCAGUGCAGGAACGGACAAAUAAGCAGACACAACUCAGGGAGGAUGAUCUGAGGGAAGAAUUCUCGGCCACUUUGGCUGAAAAGGAAGAGGAAAUUGCUGAUAAAAUAGCGAAGAUAGAAUAUGCUGAGCAGCGGUUGACUAUGUUGAGUUCAGAAUUAAAGGCUACAGAGUCAAAACUGAAGAGCUAUGAUUUGGAAAUGUUAACCUUGAAACUUCAAAGCAAAGAGCUGGGUGAAAAGCUAGAUGCUGUGAAUGCUACUGCUCGAUCAUAUGAGAGAGAAGUCAGGAUAAUGGAACAGGAGAAGAACCAUCUGGAGCAAAAAUAUUCGUCGGAGUCGAAGAGGUUUGAAGAAGUUCAGGAAAGGUGCAAAAUUGCUGAAAAGGAAGCUAAGAGAGCAACUGAGUUGGCUGAUAAAGCACGAGCAGAAGCAGUCAUUGCACAGAAAGAAAAGAAUGAAGUUCAGAAGUUGGCGAUGGAGAGAUUGACCCAAAUUGAGAGGGUUGAAAGGCACAUUGAGAGCUUGGAAAGACAGAAAAUUGACCUCGUGGAUGAAGUAGAGAAAUUCCGUUUCUCUGAGAUGGAGGCCUUGUCCAAGGUUGCUCUACUGGAGGCCAGGGUUGAAGAGAGGGAGAAGGAAAUUGAGUCACUUUUGAAAUCAAACAAUGAGCAGAGGGCAAGUACAGUUCAAGUUCUUGAGAACCUCCUGGAGAAUGAACGAGCAGCCAGAGCAGAGGCUAGCAGAAGGGCCGAAGCCCUAUCGGUGCAGCUACAGUCCACCCAAGGUAAAAUGGAUCUUCUCCAGCAGGAGUUGACCUCAGUUCGUCUCAAUGAAACGGCGUUGGAUAGUAAACUCAAGACAACUUCACGCGGGAAACGCCCGCGGUUUGAAGACAAUGAUGUAGCAGUUGAAUCUGUCCAAGAUAUGGAUGUUGACAUGGUAAUCAGAGAAAGGAAAAGGUCAAAGAGCACAAUCAGCCCAUUGAAAGUGGCACAUUCAGAAGGUGGCUCAGUUUUCAAGGUCGAUGAGGAUAACUAUCACAGUCAACAAAAUGAAACAGAGGAUUAUACCAAGUUAACUGUGCUGAAACUGAAGCAAGAGCUCACAAAACAUGGUUUUGGUGCUGAGCUGCUUCAGUUAAGGAAUCCCAGCAAGAAGGACAUACUUGCUUUGUAUGAAAAACAUGUCUUCCAGAAGUAGCUCCGGUCUCUAGUGUAGGAUUUGUAUAGGGUAAAGCUGUAACCUACUGUUUACUGACAGAUAAAGUCAUAAUUGGAGGAGUUGAUAUUUCAAGUGGGGAUCAUUGUAAAAAACUGCCCACCUUCCCCAGCCAAGUACUGGUUACAGGAACUUCUAUAACAGUGUAAUUGCAGAUUGCAACACUUUGUGAGAAAAGUUACCUUUAUUUUAA